AUGGUUAAAACUCGAUUAAACAGUGUGGUAUAUGAUUCAAAUGAGACCAAAGCACUCAAUCGCAGCAAAGAAGCAGCAAUGGAAGAUGAAGACCCCGAAACAACUCGGAAGGAAGAACAAGCGGCGAUUGAUGAACAAUCCCCUGAAGUAAGUCGGAGAGAAGAAGAAGGAUUGUUGGAAGAAGAAGCAGCGAUUCCCGAAACCACUAAUCAAGCCCAUGAAACCGCACCAACACCCAUGGAAGAAGAACCACCAGUUCUGGAAACCACCAAUCAAGCUGCACCAACACCCAUGGAAGACGCUGCAACGGAUCAACCCCAGAAACCCAUGGAAGACGGUGCGAAGGAUCAACCCAAGAAACCCGAGCAAGAAGUAUGGAAAGAGGGACCGGCUGAGGAAUCCCACAAAGAAGCAGAGAAGAGGUAUCCCAGAAAGAUACAGCAGAAGAGGAAUCCCAGAAAGAUGCAGAGGUAG